AGUCUGCCAUUAGUUUUAAAUCAACCCAGUCGUUUGUGUAGGCAUUUAUUUACAAACGUAUUUGUCACCUAAAAAUGUGAUUUAAAUGAUUGUAUUUUUACAUUGUUCACGUUUACUUAUCUUCGCACUAGCGGUAGUUAAUAUAAAAUAUUAAUGGCUAAGUAGAGCACUUUCGCGAUUAUAAGAUGUUGCCAUGCAGAAAGAAGACGCAAUAAGUGAUAAAAACCCUCCGGCUCUUGAAGAUAGCGACGUUGGCAUCAAAACAAUAAAACCCUCACGACUUGUCGAAAUUCAUUUUAGCGAUUGCACCGUGAUUCGAAUAUAUCAAUUACGGCCAAACACACUGAAACAAAUAACAACAAAGUGCAUCAGUUAAGAGAGAAUAUCACGCGUCGGUGUGUGUGUAUAGAAAGAGCGAUCUUCACGCGUUGGCUAGCCAGCGAUGUCCGGAACCACAUUAACGCACGGAAGAAUCAGCAUCACAAACAUCAACACCAUAAACGGCGUCGAGAACAGCGAGUCCCUAAGUGGCACCCUUAUUCAUCUUAUGGAAGAACAUCAUACGCGGGUGGGAUCGGUAGCUGGAACAGAAGUAGCAAUUAAGGCUACAGACGGGCUAAUAUCGGAUGGAGCGGAGCGAUUACGUCGCCAGGGCAGUCGUCUUCAGACCUCGCGGCUUGCUUGCUUUCAGUGCUGCGGAAACUUUCUCACCUAUCUGAUCAGGCUGCGUAGCACGCCUGAGGAAUUGGAACAACGCUAUAAGUCCAAGGAGAUUGAUAAAUGUCUGGAGAAGGAUAGGCACACAUUUCGACGGCAGGUGAAACUACUGCUCCUAGGCGCUGGGGAAUCUGGCAAGUCAACUUUCCUCAAACAAAUGCGAAUCAUUCAUGGCGUAAGUUUUGAAUAUGAUCUGGUCCGCGAGUAUCAGGAUAUAAUAUAUCAAAAUGUGAUAAGAGGUAUGCAAGUUUUGUUGGACGCUCGUGAAAAGCUGGAUAUUUCGUGGGGAAGUGACGGACGAGAACUCGAUGCCAACGAUGCUAAACUAAUGGAAAGCAAUGCAAUUGAGUCCCAUAGGUUUAUGGAAUAUGCACCACAAAUACGCCGCCUGUGGCAGGAUCGCGGUAUUAGGAGAGCUUUUGAGAGAAGACGUGAAUUUCAAAUUAGCGAUUCUGUUAGCUAUUUUUUGGACGAAAUUGAACGGCUGGCUAAACCAGAUUAUGAGCCCACACAUAAGGAUAUAUUGCUAUGCAGAAAGGCAACCAAAGGGGUAUAUGAGUUUUGCGUAAAAGUACAGAACAUUCCAUUUGUAUUCGUUGAUGUGGGUGGACAGAGGACUCAGCGACAAAAAUGGACAAGAUGUUUUGAUAGCUCCGUUACGUCAAUUAUAUUUCUAGUAUCUAGUUCGGAGUUUGAUCAAGUGCUUGCGGAAGACAGGAAAACCAAUCGUCUGGAAGAAUCAAAAAAUAUUUUCGACACCAUUGUCAACAACAACACGUUCAAAGGAAUAUCAAUUAUUUUAUUUCUAAACAAAACCGACUUGCUUGAACAGAAAGUUUGCAAUCCUGAGACUGACAUUCGCUGGUACUUUCCGCAAUUUAUUGGAAAUCCACACUCAGUUUUAGAUGUCCAGAACUUCAUACUACAAAUGUUUAUGAAUGUUCGUCGCAGUAACAACUCCAGUAGGAUCUACCACCAUUUUACCACUGCCAUUGAUACGCGCAACAUCAAUGUCGUGUUUAAUUCGGUAAAGGACACUAUACUGCAGCGUAAUUUGAACGCUCUUAUGUUGCAGUAGAAUCCCCUCCAAAAACUUUAUAGGAUAUAUGAUUCCUGGUUUUAUAUAAACCCAUUUAAAAAGUGAAAGUGCCAGAUAUAGCCUUCAAACAAUAAAUACAGCAGUCCUGAGACUGGUACUAUCCACAGCUCCAAGGCAAUCCGCACAUAAUUUUUUAAGGCGAAGCGAUGAAUUCAGCAACGUAAUUUUAAUGCUUAAUUUUCAAUCUCUUAACAUGUAAUAUAUGAUUUCUGUAAUAUACAUAUCCACUAAAGAAAUGAUAGUGCCAGAUGCAGGAGCCUUUAUUUUAGAUGAAGGCGCUAAUUGUUGUUAACUCUUUAAAAUGGUUUGAUUACUCAGUAACUCAGUUUGUAUUAAAUAAUAUUGUUACUUUUAAAAUUAAGAUUUAGUAUGCCACUAGUAAUAUAUCACAACUGUAUAUACAUAAAUAAAUUAAGCUUUCGGACUCUGUAAGGAAACAGACUUUGCCGCCAUAUGCUUAUAUAAACUAACCCAAAAAAACGUUUGGGUUUUUAAACAUGCAAUCAAA